GCCACACAAGGGCCAUGGCACACACGAGCAAGAAGUGGAUGGAAGAGGAGCAGGCAGGGUCAGAGUACAGCAGAGGCAACGAAGCGAGCGAGCGCUGUUCAGUGUUGCGACGGUGUGACAGACCUCGGGGGAUGGAGGUGAUGUCGGGGGUGAACCGUGACGAACAACGUGCGUACUGUAACGUGCCACCUCCGCGCACCUAGCCAAGCGGCGCCGCAACCUCGCCCUCUGUCGAUCGCAUGCCUGGACACACUAGCAUGGAGCAGAGGAAAUCGGGUGAGCAUUAGUACCGCACGCGGUGGCGGAGACCCGACCGUUGGUGUCGCUUGGAUGGGUCCAGUUUCUGCCUGAACCAAUCAUAUGGAUCCAUCGGCGAUUGCGAUGGAAUGGGAGGCGCUUCUUGGGAAGGGUCGACCCGACGGCCUGUACGCAUGGAGGUCGGUCCGAGAGGAAGCCAGCGUGAUUUGGGCCAUGGCGUGGAAGAUUUCUCUCGCGUCGUUCUGUCGGAUGUCCGUGUUUACGAUCUCGACGGCGUUCUUGGGGCAGUUGGGGACACGGGAGUUAGCCGCGAGCGCGUUGGCGCAGUCGGUCAUCGGCGCCCUUCGAAUCGUCACAUGGGCGUCGUCCACUUCUCUCAGCACGCUGUGUGGACAAGCGUACGGCGCGCGCAACUUUGAGCUCGUGGGGACGUGGCUUCAAACGGGCGUUGUCGUCCUGAGCGCGGCGUCGAUUCCUCUGAUGAUUGCCCACUUGUACGCGUACCUGGUUCUUCAGUACAUCGUUCAUGAUGACCCCGAUCUCGUGUCGCUGGCGCAGACGUUUGCAUCGUACUCGGCCUUGAGCGUGUGGCCAAAUGCGCUCUACGUUUCUCUGCGGUCGUACCUUCGAUCCCAGCAGAUCGUGGCGCCGAUUGCGGUCGUGGAUUUUGCCACGGUCGGGCUCUACAUCGUAUCCAACUACGUGUUUAUCUACGGGUGUUUGGGCUGGAACGGGUUGGGCUUUGUCGGGUCGCCACUCGCGAGUUUCUUUUGCGCAACGAUGCAACCGCUCGCGUUAUUCGUGUACGCGUUUGUCGUGCAGCGCCAUCAUGAGAAAACGUGGACCGGGUGGUCGUGGCAGUGUCUGGACCAGGUGCGCCUCAAGCAGUUUGUGACGCUCACGAGCUCGCUCUUUGUGUACCUGGCGAUGGACGAAUGGAUCUACAACGUUGUCACAGUCGUCGCAGCCCAACUCGGGAGCGUCAAUUUGGCGGCCAACAGCAUCCUGUUCAACGUGUGGGGGCUCGCGUACGGCGUCUACCUCGGAUUCAGCACGCCGAUUCAAGUCCGUGCGUCGCAUGCAAUGGGAGCAAACGAUCCAUCGAAAGCCAAGCAAGUCACGUUUGUCGGGUUUGCGUUGGGUUCGAUUGCGACAGUUGUCGUGGUCGUGGUGUUGCUGGUGGGUCGACGGCCUCUCGUCGGCGUCUUUACGCAAGACCCGGCGCUACAUGACAUUUUGGACACGGUCCUGCCCGUGUUUUGUAUCGCCGCGAGCAUCUCGGGGCUCCAUGUCAUGCUCUCGUCAGUGCUGGAAGCCAUGUCCCUUGCCAUGACACUGGUUAUCGUGUCUGGAGUCGGAUCGUGGGGGAUUUUGCUGCCUGUUUCAUAUUACUUGGGCAUAUCGGAAGCGCUCGGGUUGGCUGGUCUUUGGUGGGGUAGUGUCGUCGGCGAAGCCGCCAAGUUCAUGUUCACCGGUAUUGCGUUGUUUGGCUUGUACGACUGGGCAGCGAUUGCCCACCGCAUUGCACGCGACACCGAGGCAAUUGCCGUCGCCGAAGAAGUCGAAGCGCUCACGUCUGCCGACACCGUCAAGAGCCCAGUCGCGGCGGCGACGAACUCGUCGUUCUAGAUAUGCCCCCAUCCACUUGGUUUUGUUUCCACUUGGAUUUGCCUUCACUAGAACUGUCCAUGCUCCAUCCCAACGUCUCAACUCGAUGGCUAUCACCAACCACACGUACGACCAACUCGUGCCCCCUCCACGCCGACCUGGCGUUCGAACACGCACAGCAACGUCUUACUUCGACACGUCCAGAGAUUGUUGGCUUGCGCGCACGCCACCGUGCCACGACGGAUUCCAGCCGCAUGGAGUCGCAUGGAUGUGGGCAGCAAUGGCAUCGAACACACGUAAAUCAGUGACAGACCAAUAACUUCUCAUACCACCCACCUCCGCUCACACUGUCUUGGAAUUAACCACAGCGGACGUUCCUCAACAGCGACGGCCCGGACUUGCUUCCUCAGCACGUGCGACGACAUCCCGAGUCCACGAAGGGGGUCGCGUCCGAUCCUCAAAAUUUUUGGUAACGUCUUCUUUGGAAAACAAAGUAAAGAUGACAGCUGUAUAGAAAAUGAUCUUG